CCCCACGCUUUUUCUCCGGCCGCGAACCCCUCGCCUCCUUCGCGAAGGGCCCCCCUUCCUCCUCUCCUCUCACCACACACCACCCGAAAAACACCGGAGGAAUAUUCCCCACCUCGCCUCUCUCCAGCCACCGACAUGGCCGCCGCCGCCGCCGCCGCCGCUUCCGCCUCCUCCUCGUCGUCGUCCUCCUCCUCGGCCGAAUCCGUCCCCCUCCCCACCACGACUCUCCCCAUCGACAAGGCGGCGGCUGUAGGCGGCGGUGGCGACCGGGCGGUGGAUUGCGGGGUGUGCGCGAUUUGCCUGGAUAAGAUCGCCCUGCAGGAGACGGCCCUCGUCAAGGGAUGCGACCACGCCUACUGUGUGACGUGCAUUCUGAGGUGGGCGUCCUACAAACAGACGCCUCAAUGCCCACAGUGCAAACAUCCGUUUGAUUUCCUCAGCGUGCACCGCUCUCUCGAUGGCUGUAUUCAUGACUACAUGUUCGAGGAAAGCGUUUGCCUUCUCCUGAGGGCCACUUGGUUUGAACCUCUGAUCGUAGAGGCUCACGAAGAGGCUCUGGAUGAAGAAGAGUUAUACCACAUCUAUCAAUAUGAUGAUGGCGUUGAAGAUGACCUUGACGAGGAAGCUUAUUACAUGAGCAGGUCUCCGAGCAUUCGAAUUGGCAACAGGAGGUGGGGUGACAAUGGAUAUGUCAGAGGAGGCAGGAAAGAGGCAAGGCCAGUGAGUCGCCAGUCCUUGAAUGACACUGAUGCUGGUCCAUCCAGGACUCCCAAGAAGAAAGAUGUAUCAGCAUCGGGAUCAGGUUCUGUGUCUAAGGAAGUUGCAGGAAGACGAGCAAAACGAGCUCUGAAGCGUGAAGCUGCUGAUAAGGCAGCUGCAGAAAAGCACUUGAAGCACCUCCAGAGGUUGGGCCUCAGGAAGGCACCCGAAGCAACAGCUGAAGCAACUCCAGAGGUUGAACCUCAGCUGAACGAGUGAUUUUCACCAACUUCUGUAGAUAAUGGUGCUGUGAAGAAAACUGCAGCCCUUGGGUCACCCGAAUAAUCUUCCAUUGUGAAGGACUGGAGCGUGGCCUUGUAUCGUUGGCAAACUUGCCGAUUUGUACAGUACUUUAGUUUCACAAAUUACUCGUAGCAUUGAACUGCACAUCAGUCUGCACCAGAUGCGGCGAUGCAAUGCGGUUUACCUCAAUCUGAUAAUACUUUCAGUUACCGGGAUUCCUCUGCAUGAUGCAGAGGACCCUGAACUAGGAGAAUGUCAGUUGCUAGCUCUGCUAGUAUUCUGUGCUGCAAUGUAUCAGUUUAGAUAGAAUGUUGCAUGUGACUAUCCUCCGAUAAAUGAAAUGAGGAAACUGGUCUUCUUGCAUGUA